CCCGCAUCCUCAGUGUAGGUGUUCAGCAUCGUUUCUGACUUCUCCGGAAGCUCGACCCAUUCAACACUUGUACUACUUGUACACUUUUCCUACCCGAGUUACCGUCCUCACACAACCUCAAACUCACGAUUCCCAAUUCCUCACAGCCACCCUCUACAAGCUCGUGACUAUGCCCGCACCGCGUCGUGCCAGGACCCCCCUCUCUCUCCCACUCUUGCAGUCCGACACCGAAAGCGACGACAAUGCCAGUCCCGGUCCCAAAAUCCCCAGACCCGAAAAUGCAUGGAUGAUAUUCCGGAAGAGCAAGGCCAAAUCCGUUCGAAUGGAGAUUGUAGCCAAGCUCAAGCAAGAGGCGAGAGUGAAGGGCUUGACAAAACAUGGCGUGAAAAGCAAUGUUAUCACUGGGAAGGUUUCCUCGAAGAUCGGAAAGAUGUGGGGGGCGAUGAGUGACGAAGAGAAGAAGCCUUUUUGGAUCUUACAACGACAGAAGGAGAUGGAGCACAACAUUAAAUAUCCAGGCUAUACUUUUAAGCCGAGGCGAAACAAAGCUGGGACGAAGGCGACGACGACGAGGAAAGGGAAAGGAAAGGCUUGCGCUGCGGUACCUUCCACUGAGAGCUCUUCUGCUCUCGCGAUCAUGGUACCUCCUCCCCUUCCUCGAAUCCCAGCUACGUACACUACUUCCGCUUACGGUCUUCACGGCGGCGCGAUUUCAAACGGGUUUUACGGCGCGUCCCGGGUACCCGGUGCGCCGCCUUCUCGUACUACCACCACAUCUCCAUCUGUGUCCCGUGUAACACCUGAUAACGAGUAUCACCUUGUGUAUCUUCCCUUCGGAAUUCCAGCAACGCAGGUGAGUUAUUAUGGUCAUCCUGAAGAACGUACAGGGUCAACGGUGGAGUAUCAGAACUACUACCCGAACUACUACCCCGCCAGAGAAUCAUAUCCUCGACACGCCGGGUACUUGACCAGUCCUUAUUUUCCGAGCGACAAGCCUCAAUAUUCCGAAUACGAGACCGGAGUCAGCGGAGCGUCAAGCCUUGUGCAAGAAAAGCUACACGGAGAAGGCAACGUUCCCUUUCACGAAACGCCUGAAUCGCCUUGGGAUCUUGACGCUCCCGUUCCGGACGCAGCUGAAGUUGAGGUUUCGUUGGCUAAUCUACGAAAGCAGCUUCCAUCGAAGUUGUAUCAGGAGUGGUCGGAUGCUGUUCUUGCCUCGUAUUCCGGUGUCAACCGGGAGUGA